AUGCAGGUCGAGAACUGCAUCUCGCCAGCGAGUGAUCUUUCCAAGAAAUUUAUGAAUGUGGGCAGUGGCUUUUCGAGCUCCGAUGGAUCAGAGCUUUCGCUGCAGGACCAUCCUAUUAUAUCUGCAAGUGACAACCUGGAGAGAAGUUCACCUCUGAAAAAAAACUCUAGGGAGAUGACGAAUCAGUCAGAGGCAGACAAUUUUCCCGACUCCAAGGACGCGUCGGGGGACGUCCAGAGGGGCAAACUCUCUCCUGAUCUUCACGGAGUCACUGACAUCCGUCAUAGUUUCGAUGGAUCUGCAGGAGAACGGUGCAUCUUUUCUCCAUCUACCCAACCGCAGUCAGUCUCAGCAGCUCCCAGUGCCAUGUUCCCGUACCCGAGCCAGCAUGGACCAGCGCACCCGGCUUUUUCUAUCGGAAGUCCCAGCCGCUACAUGGCCCACCACCCGGUUAUAACUAAUGGAGCUUACAACAGCCUUCUGACCAACACUUCUCCUCAAGGCUACCCGACGGCGGGCUACCCUUACGCACAGCAGUAUGGACACACGUACCAAGGAGGCGCUUUUUACCAGUUCUCCUCAGCGCAAGCAGGACUGGUUCCGGGGAAAGCGCAGGUGUAUCUGUGCAACAGGGCCUUGUGGUUGAAGUUUCACCGGCACCAGACAGAGAUGAUCAUCACAAAGCAAGGAAGACGAAUGUUUCCAUUUUUAAGCUUCAACAUCUCUGGCCUUGACCCAACUGCUCACUACAAUAUAUUUGUGGAUAUUAUACUCGCUGAUCCAAACCACUGGCGCUUUCAGGGAGGAAAGUGGGUGCCGUGUGGAAAAGCAGACACGAAUAUAACAGGAAAUAGAGUUUACAUGCACCCGGAUUCACCAAACACUGGUGCGCACUGGAUGCGUCAGGAAAUAUCAUUUGGGAAACUUAAGCUCACAAACAACAAAGGUGCCUCUAACAACACGGGGCAGAUGGUGGUUCUUCAGUCUCUGCACAAAUACCAGCCCAGGCUCCAUGUGGUGGAAGUGAACGAGGAUGGGACAGAAGACACCAGCCAACCUGGAAGAGUCCAGACUUUCACCUUCACAGAAACGCAGUUCGUCGCCGUCACAGCUUAUCAGAACACUGAUAUAACGCAACUGAAAAUCGACCACAAUCCGUUUGCUAAAGGAUUUCGAGACAACUAUGACACUGUCUACACAGGCUGCGACAUUGACCGCCUCACUCCAUCACCGGGUGACUCUCCGCGUUCACAAAUCGUUCCGGGUGCGAGAUACGCCAUGCACAGCUCUCUACUGCAGGACCAGUUUGUCAGCACUUAUGCCAAAUCUCGCUUUCACCCUGGCGUGGGGACUGCUCCUGGCACGGAGCGCAGCGUCCCACUCGGCAACAGCUUGCUGUCCCCGCAGCAAACCGAGGAGCCCACUGUUGCCUCCCCCCCGCAGCGAUGGUUCGUCACCCCUGCCAACAACCGACUGGACUUUGCCGCCUCGGCAUACGACGCCGCCGAUUUCGCCGGUAACGCGGCCACCUUGCUGUCCUACGCGGCGGCCGGAGUGAAGGCUCUUCCGCUGCCGACGGCGGGCUGCUCCAACCGGCCUCUUGGCUAUUACGCAGACCCGUCGGGGUGGGGAGGACGCACGCCGCCGCAGUACUGUGGCGUCAACAGCAAACCCAGCUCGGUGUUUUCCUGCUGGCCCGCAAACUCUAUCAGUGGCAGAGCCGGAGCCAACUACCUGCAGGCCGACGAGGUGGGCGACUCCAUCCCCACGGAGAGAUCGCCCAUCAGCGGCGCCGAGGAGACCAAACCCAAGGACAUGACAUCCGAGUCGAGCUGGAUAGAGACGCCGUCCUCCAUCAAGUCCAUCGACUCGAGCGAUUCUGGGAUCUUUGAACAGGCCAAAAGGAGGAGAAUCUCGCCCUCUGCCACGCCGGUGUCAGAGACUGUGUCCCCGCUGAAAUCAGAGCUGCUGGCACCGAGGGAGUGUGAGAAGAACUGCACAAAGGACAUUGGUUAUUACAGUUUCUACCCUCACAGUUAAAACAAACCUAUCUAUCUAUCUAUCUAUCUAUCUAUCUAUCUAUCUAUCUAUCUAUCUAUCUAUCUAUCUAUCUAUCUAUCUAUCUGUAUAUAUCUACAGGUUAUUCAUACAUGAUGAUGAUGGUAAUACUAAUAAUAAUACUAAUGAUGAUAAUUAUUUAAAAAAAUAAAGGGAUGAUAAGGUUUGCCACCUCCUCAUUGUGAUUAUGGCCAAAGUGUAAAUGUUUCCACUGCUUCAGUCCUGGUUUCAUGGGGCUGAGCGCUUUCUUUUCAUUUUCACACUGUAAUUAUUAUUAUUAUUAAUAAUAAUAAUAAUAAUAAUAGCACACUGUACAUAAUAUACUGGACAUUUGGUGAUAGUGGUUGAAUGUAAACACACACACACACACACACACACACUAGAUUGAGUUUAAUUCAUAAGUAGUGUUUUAAAAAACAAACAAAAAACUGUUUAGUAGCCUUUUAACUGUUAAAAAAAGAAAAAAUAAAUGAAAAAAAAAUAAAGAUAUUGAUUAAUCUGUACAUGACAUGUUCUUGUGUAGCAUAUACUGGCAUAAUAAUCCCUGUCAGUGAGGAAACAACGUGUUUUGUACUUUGAUCGAAGCUCGUAGGCGAACCCAAGGUUGAUGACGUCAUGCCGAUCACUGCUAUACAUCCAUGAUCCAUGUGGUUGAAUAAAAAUGAUAAAUGUCGUUCAUGUAUAAACUUGGGGGUCUCAUUUGUUUAUUAUUUAUUUGUUUAUGUAUUUAUUUUUUUAGUUGUUUGUAUGUUUAUUCUUUCAGAAGGCUAUUUUUUUAAUGGCCAUGGUGUUCUGUAUCUUUGUGUAUAUCUGCUGUAACGUGAUUUAAAAAACAAAUAAUAAAAUAAACAAUGUUAUCGUCA